AAUUGAACAAGAAUCAAAAGGAGUAAUGGAGAAGAAGAAGAAAAUGUGUAUAGAAUGAGUAUUGGUUAUAUGAGUUACAAGCCUCCUAUAAGGAGUAUAUAUAGGGAAAAUCAAAGUUUGGGCCUCUAAUAUGGACCUGACAGACCCGGUUACAUAAAUGAACUGAUAGUAUAAAAAGCUAAUCUAGAACAUCUGAAUAAUAAUAAUAAUAAUGUACAAUAAUAUUAAUGAUAUCCGCUAAACGUGUGUGGGCCGCUGUCCAGGCCUAGUAGUCGGCAUACCGAGGGUCGGAGUCCAUAUAAUCCAUCAGGAGUCCCCCACUCCCCGAGUCGAGAGUACUCGAGGCGAAAGGGAGUAGUCCAAACUGUAUCUGCAACGUUCUUCCUCUUCGACCGGGGGACCACCACCCUUGUCCAUUAUGGGGAGGUGCCUUGUUAAAAACCUUUACUAGGAAAAACCCAGUGGGAAAAAAUCCUAAUAAAGGGAAAAAGAGUACACCUAGCGCCCCCAACAUGAAACAAGGAAGGUAAAUCCCCUCCGGCAUAAUCAAUCUAGCUCAGCUUGUCUUCAACUGACUCAGCUCUUGCGUGAUAUUUUCUGCUCAUCUAGAAACUCUGACCCCUCAGUCCCCCAGUCCCCACUCUUUGAGGCAAGUGGAGACGAGGUGAAAAUGAGUAAAGUCAUCUUCGUACCUACACAUUUAUCAUACAUAUAAAUUUUUUUCUUGGGAUUUAUGUUCCCGAUCGGGAGUUCGUCACUUGAAACAAGUGGAGAUGUGAAUUGUUAAUGUAAUGAUAAAAUACUUAGUAGAAUGGAUGUGUGAUCCAUUCAUAAGCAAUGGUUGCCACUCGAGGAAUGACUAAGGCCGGUCUUCGUACCCGACUUGGUCGAGGUUUUGUCUUCAUGCCCGACUUGGUCGGGGCUUUGCACCUGAGGAGACAGGGCUUUGUGCCUGAGGAGUCAGGGCUUUAAAUCCUAGUGAUGAGUCUCAAGUCAUUUAAUCAUAAGUGCGUGAUAGUGUGACAUUUAACUGACAAAAAAUAUUGAUUAAAAUAAAUAUAAAUAAUAUUAAAAUUAAAGAGUACUUAUCUUUUUGAAGUAGGCUGAAAUAAUGGACUGAUUGGGCUGAAAUAUGCCGCUGAAAUUGUAUCCAUAACAUGUUUGGUCCCAAGGUAUUCUGACCAUCGUUUCUCACUUAGGCCCAAUCUUCCCUGGCCCGCUACCGUCUUAUUGAUACUGCCAUUGAUUAGGGCAUCACUUCCCAAUAGUUGAGUGAGUCAGAUGGAACCCACACACCAGACAAUCUGGCCAUCCUCUUUCGACCACCGAAGCUGGCGAGGCAUCUUCUGACACAGUGGGGCUGCAUUGGAUUUCCAUCAGCAGGCUGGAGAGUUCAGAGCCCGGUUCCACUGUGUUAAGAGUGUUGUGGAAUUAGAGUGGACUCCUCUAUUCAAUUUUGACUUGGUCAAACUGGCCAUCCAUCAUGUGGCUACGGUUGGCCAUCACAUCUGGAGGUUGGCAGUUCCCUUUUGCGAUAAGUGGUGUGGUUGGUUCAAGGGAGAUUCCAUCACAGGGCUCUAUCCGAUAUCGACGAAGAAAAAUGGAAGAAAGAGGCACUGGUCGUGGGUGGAUCUUCGAUACUCUGCUACUGGUGCGCCCCAGACGGAGUGACGGGGCUUCGCUGCAGACCGAGGCUCGGUUGGAGCUUCUGGGGGUGAUGUACUCCAUUGCAGGCGGAGGCAGGCCGCCAGGGAACCUUUCAGCCGUCGUCGAAGUUAGGGCGGCCGUUUUUAGCUCGGAGUAUCUCGCUCAGGGGUCCGGAUCGGGCCGCUCCUGGUCUCGACGAGCAGACUCUGCAAACUCGAUGGCGGGCGAUUCUGCAACAGGACGGCCAAGCUCGUCUUGGGGCGUCCUUGACCGGCUGGCUCCUGAAGUUGCGGCGUACUCCAGCCUGAAGAUUGGCUUCUGGCUGACUGGCUCGAGAACGGAGCUCCCCUGCAGCCAUUAAUGGCGAAUACCUAAAGCUCAAGCUCCAGUCAAAUGAUUUUGAAGAUGGUGACCGGGGUUCAAGUUCCGAUAUUCGAGCCGUGACGAAAAGUAGCUCGGUGGAGCUCGCACUCAGUGCACCGAGCUGCAGUGGAUGGAGUUUGGCGGGAUCGGCUCAGACUUGGGAACGGGUAAUGAGCUUCGGCGGCGAGUCUCUGCCAUGGGCUUUCGGCGGCGACCAGGAUGGCGAUGGCCUUUCUGCCGAGAUAUAUCCGGCUCCUGUAUGGGAUGGGAGCAGGUGACUUCCAACAGGAAAUGACGCGUGGCGGCAACGUGGACAUCCAAGGCAGCUCCGGCGGCGGCGAUAUCAGGAGCCUGGUGCACAGUGGUGGUGUUGACGGUGGACGGCAGACGAUGGCACAAAUCCUAGGAUUUCCAGAUUUCUUAAGAUUUCUUUUCUUCCAUGGAUUUUUCUUGGCCGACUGUUUUUUCCUAUUUUCUGUGAUUGGAAUGAUUUUUGGGUAAUUUGGAUGAUUUUUUGUAUUUUGGGGAGGUUUUCUCACUUGAUUGUGUUCAACCUCUCAACAAGAGCACCAUUGUUGGAUAAUCGAUACCCAUAUUGUAUGAACAAGAGAAAUUGAACAAGAAUCAAAAGGAGUAAUGGAGAAGAAGAAGAAAAUGUGUAUAGAAUGAGUAUUGGUUAUAUAAGUUACAA